UAUUUAUAUCUUCUUACUAAUUUGGUGUCAUGUGUUAUAGAUUUGUAAUUGAGAAAAAGUGGCCAACAUGUCAGUCACUCUGCAAAGUAUCAAGAAGAUUGGGGAGGACAAUAAAUCAUUUGAAUCGGAUGAAUCAGAUAACUACAAGAAGAAAGAAAAUCUGUAUGAAAAUGGAGAGUCGUCUUCAAAGAAAGAAAAGCCAAAAAGCAAACAUGCGAGUGAUAGCAUUAGAGUUGGAUUCUUCCAGUUGUUUAGAUUUUCUACCUGCUAUGAAACUUUUCUGAUGGUCUGUGGGGGCUUCGCUGCAGUUAUUCACGGAGCAGCCCAGCCAUGCAUGUUACUCGUUUUUGGCCUCAUGAUUGACACAUUCAUAUUAUAUGACAUUGAAAUACAAGAGCUCGAGAACCCUAACAAAACGUGUAUCAAUAACACCAUCAUGUGGAUUAAUGAAUCUUUUGAAGAAGAGGGAGAUAAUGAGACUACAAGCUGUGGCUUGCUGGAUAUUGAGGCAGAAAUGACAAAGUUUGCUCUGUACUACGCAGGGAUUGGGUGUUCUGUGCUCUUUCUUGGUUAUGUUCAAAUUUGUUUUUGGGUCAUGGCAGCUGCCCGGCAAAUUCAGAGAAUAAGAAAGUUGUACUUUCGGAAAGUCAUGAGAAUGGAGAUUGGUUGGUUUGACUGCACGUCUGUAGGUGAACUGAACACCAGGAUGUCCGAUGACAUAAACAAAAUUAAUGAUGCUAUUGCUGAUCAGGUGGGGAUAUUUAUCCAGAGAUUCACUACAUUCUUAUCUGGGUUCCUGUUAGGAUUUGUUAACGGCUGGAAACUGACAUUGGUCAUUAUCGCUGUAAGCCCUUUAAUUGGAAUUGGAGCAGCACUUAUGGCAUUGGCUGUGGCGAAAUUAACAGGAAGAGAAUUACAGGCCUAUGCCAAAGCUGGAGCAGUUGCAGAUGAGGUCCUCUCUGGCAUAAGAACGGUAGCUGCUUUUGGUGGAGAACUGAAAGAAGUUGAGAGAUAUGACAAAAAUCUGGUGUACGCCCAGCGUUGGGGAAUAAGAAAAGGUGUAAUAAUGGGGUUUUUCACUGGAUACAUGUGGUUUAUUAUCUUCCUGUGUUAUGCUUUGGCCUUUUGGUAUGGAUCCAAACUGGUCCUUGAAGAAGAGGAAUACACUCCAGGAAACCUUUUGCAGGUGUUUUUCGGUGUGUUGGUGGGUGCUUUGAAUCUAGGACAGGCAUCUCCUUGCUUGCAAGCCUUUGCGUCUGGAAGGGGAGCUGCCACCAACAUUUAUGAAACUAUUGAUAAUGAGCCAAAAAUAGAUUGUAUGUCUGAAGAAGGCUACAAGCUGGAUAAAGUGAAAGGAGAAAUCGAAUUCCAUAACGUUACCUUUAAUUACCCAUCUAGACCUGAAGUAAAGAUUUUACACAAAUUAAACAUGAUUAUAAAAUCUGGAGAGACAACAGCAUUUGUCGGGCCAAGUGGAGCUGGAAAAAGUACAACAGUUCAACUUAUCCAACGUUUCUAUGAUCCAGAUGAAGGAAUGGUGACCUUAGAUGGCCAUGAUGUACGUUCACUCAAUAUUCAGUGGCUACGCUCCCUGAUUGGUAUUGUAGAACAAGAACCAGUUUUGUUUGCUACCACAAUCGCAGAGAAUAUUCGCUUUGGCAAAGAAAAUGCAACAAUGGAAGAAAUAAUCACAGCUGCAAAAGAAGCCAAUGCCUACAACUUUAUCAUGGAUCUACCACAGCAAUUCGACACUUUAGUUGGAGAAGGUGGAGGCCAAAUGAGCGGUGGACAGAAACAAAGGAUCGCCAUCGCCCGGGCUCUGGUCAGAAAUCCCAGAAUCCUCCUGUUGGACAUGGCAACAUCUGCCCUGGAUAAUGAGAGUGAAGCAAUUGUGCAAGAAGCACUUGAUAAAGUUCGCUUUGGACGCACAACUAUCUCCAUUGCACAUCGAUUGUCAACAAUAAAAAAUGCCGAUGUGAUCAUUGGAUUCGAGCAUGGAAGAGCAGUGGAAAGGGGAACCCACGAUGAGCUACUAGAGAGAAAAGGAGUUUAUUUCACACUUGUUACUUUGCAGAGUCAAGGAGAUAAGGCGCUUAAUGACAUGCAAAAGCAAAAGAAAGAAACUAAAGAGUUCCAGGAACCUACGCUUGAAGCAGUGCAGCUGUUUAACAGAGGAAGCUAUCAGUCGAGUUUGCGGGCUUCUAUUCGACAACGCUCAAGAUCUCAACUGUCCAACAUCGUUCCCGAUGCUUCUUUGCUGAUGAUGGGGGAUACAUCAUCUCAGUAUGAGGAGACAAGACAAGCUAAAACAGACAUCACGCCAGAUGAUGAUGAAAAGGUAGAGCCUGCACCGGUGGCCAGGAUUUUAAAAUACAAUGCUCCAGAAUGGCCGUAUAUGUUAUUUGGUUCAUUUGGUGCCGCAGUGAAUGGGGCUGUUAGUCCUCUCUACGCCUUACUGUUCAGUCAAAUUCUUGCGACAUUUUCUUUACCGGAUGAACAAGAACAAAGGAAUCAAAUUAAUGGAAUCUGUGUGCUUUUUGUUGCUAUUGGACUCAUAUCGUUUCUGACUCAGUUUUUACAGGGUUACACAUUUGCAAAAUCUGGAGAGCUGCUGACAAGGAGGCUACGUAAGAUCGGAUUUCAGUCUAUGUUGGGCCAAGAGGUUGGAUGGUUUGACGAUCCCAGAAACAGCCCCGGAGCAUUGACUACACGGCUUGCAACCGACGCAUCUCAAGUUCAAGGGGCAACUGGAUCCCAGAUUGGCAUGAUUGUGAACUCCCUCACCAAUAUAGGAGUUGCCAUAAUCAUCGCUUUCUACUACAGCUGGAAACUGAGUCUUGUAAUCACAUGUUUCCUUCCAUUUUUGGCUUUAUCUGGGGCCCUUCAAGCUAGAAUGCUCACUGGAUUUGCAAAUCAAGAUAAACAUGCAAUGGAAUCAGCUGGAAAGAUUUCGAGCGAAGCUCUAGGUAACAUCAGAACUAUUGCUGGAAUAGCAAAGGAAAAUAAAUUUGUGGAAAUGUAUGAGGAGCAACUGGAAUUACCGUACCGAUCAGCAAUUAAAAAAGCCAACGUUUACGGAUUGUGUUUUGGGUUUGCUCAGUGUGUGGUUUUCAUUGCAAACUCUGUGUCUUAUCGAUAUGGCGGGUACUUAGUAGAUAAAGAAGGUCUGCAUUACAGCUUUGUGUUCAGAGUGAUAUCAUCCAUUGUGACCAGCGGAACUGCUCUGGGAAGAGCAUCGUCUUAUACCCCAGAUUAUGCCAAAGCUAAGAUAUCUGCUGCACGUUUCUUUAAACUGGUGGAUCGUGUUCCAAAAAUUACUUUGUAUACAGAUGAGGGGGAGAAGUGGAAUGGUUUUAAAGGGAGUAUUGAAUUCAUCAACUGCAAGUUUACGUAUCCCACCCGUCCUGAUAUUCAAGUGCUGAACGGUCUCAACGUGUCUGUAAAGCCAGGACAGACUCUUGCAUUUGUAGGAAGCAGUGGAUGCGGAAAAAGUACAAGUGUACAACUGCUGGAAAGAUUUUACGAUCCAGACCAUGGCAGGGUGCUGAUUGAUGGACAUAGCUCCAAGAACAUCAAUGUUGCGUUCCUACGGUCUAAAAUUGGAAUUGUGUCUCAGGAGCCUGUACUGUUUGACUGCACUAUAGCUGAGAACAUCAAAUAUGGGGACAAUUCCAAGGAUCUCACCAUGGACCAAGUGAUUGAGGCAGCAAAGAAAGCUCAGCUUCACGACUUUGUCAUGGAACUUCCUGACAAAUAUAAUACCAAUGUGGGGGCGCAUGGAUCUCAGCUGUCUCGUGGUCAGAAACAGCGAAUCGCAAUUGCCAGAGCUAUUAUCAGAGACCCUAAGAUCCUGUUACUGGAUGAAGCAACAUCCGCUUUGGACACAGAGAGUGAAAAGACAGUUCAAGCUGCCCUCGAUAAAGCCAGAGAAGGUCGUACUUGCAUUGUGAUUGCUCAUCGUCUGUCUACAAUUCAGAACUCUGACAUCAUUGCAGUCAUGUCUCAAGGAAUUGUUAUUGAAAAGGGAGCCCAUGAUGAGCUCAUGGAGAAGAAGGGAGCUUAUUAUAAACUUGUAACAACAGGAGCACCCAUUAGUUAAUCUCUGACACAGGGUUAAGGGGUAAAAGGAAUAGAACAAACAGAAGGGUUUAUCCUAAUGGGAAAAGAUCAUGUAAAGUAUACUGUAAAAGCGAACAUUUCACAGCAUUGAUGAUCUUGGUGUUGUAGUUCUGUUGUUCCUUUUGACAUUGUUUUUUUGAAUAUACCCGUUACAAGGCCAAGAACUCUCUUCUGUAUAGACCAUGCAGAUAACAAUCCGCUUUGGCAAAUGGUGCAUUUGUGUUUUCUGUAAUGUUAUCAUAGUGACAAAGGACAAUUAGAACCAAACAUUAUGGAUAUUAGCACAUACUUACAACAUAUACAUAAGCACUACAUUCCAAUACUACUUAGAGACAUGUAUAUUUUAAUACAGUAUCUUUUUUACAAUACUGUAAAAUCCUGAUAAUCUCCAUUUCAAGCGAUGAAAUGCAAUGAGGGCGCUAAAGGGAGUGGGACGGCCAGCUACAUGAUUCUUGUUGAGUCAGGUCAAACCAAAAUGCGGGCUUGGCUUGUUUGGCUGUAUACAACAUACGGAUGUUUUUUUUAGCUAGGCUGGGCUCGCCAGUUGUAGAAUCAUUUGUAGAGGUUGCAUUUCAGUGUCUAUUAUUGUCCACUCUAUUAAAAUAAUCUAUAAAAGAAAACUGUUGAAAGUUA